GUCCCUCCCAUGCCCAACCCUUCUGCGGGCAGCGCGAAUCCAGCGGCAUCCCUCUCUUCGCUCUGGGGCUAUAUCCUCCCGGCUUUGAACCAUAUCGUCCGCUCGCCAACCAACAGUACGGAUAAGGCUCCAGCUAUUGACAUCUCCUAUCAUAUGGGGAUUCACACCGCCACUUACAACUACUUCACUACCCAGUCCGACUCUUGCAACCCCCGUUCCCCCAUCCCGGACAAGGAGAUUCCCAGCGGUACAGAUCUCUACGAGCACAUCGACCGAUACUACGCCGGGGUCGCCCGCGAGCUUCUCCUUGGCGCACCCGAAGAGGACAGCGCUGACCUGAUUCACUACCUCCUUCCUUGCUUCCAACGCUACGCCGUCGGUGCCAACUCGGUCAACCGCUUGCUCAACUACGUGAACCGUCACUACGUCAAGCGCGCCGUUGACGAGGACCGCGGCUGGCUCACCCUCGGCGACAUCUUUGACGCUGUCUCCAAGAACAUUGAGGCUGGCGACACACGCCAGAAGAUUGCCCAGAAGCUACGUGAGCGCCGCACCGAGGAACUCGCGAAGUGGGGGACUAUCGCUGGGCCGCCUGACCAUCGCGAACAGGCGGAGCGGCUAGCGUCGGCGGAGACGUGUGCAGAGGCGGCGAGCUCGCUGGACCGCGUUGUCCCGCUGUAUGCGCUCGCGCUGCGCAGAUUCAGGACGGAGUUCAUGGAGCCUCUGCUGGCGGUGCCCAAGAUCAAGUCGAAGAAGAAACGCGGUGCAGGGGCAGCGGUGCAGGCUCUCCCGUCUACAAACGGCUCUGGUCCUCCCAACUUGCCAAAAGGGCGGCUGUCUCGGGCCUAUAAGGAUCUCCAGGACUCUGAAGACAUUGGUCCGGAAGAGAAGAGAAGGCUAACGGGAGACCUCGCGCAGUUGCUCCGGGCGGUGGGCGUCCGCCAUGGGCAUCCGGUGCGAAAACGGCUGGACAAGUAUCUCAUCAACGGGCCGUCUUCGCAUCCUACGACCUAGCCCUUUAGACACUAGACAUUGCUUUUGCGCUGCUUGCGGACUUUUUUAUUUGCUGUGUUAUUUCCCAUUUUCUUGGACACAUAACGGACAUUCGUGUCACGUUAGGUACUGGUAUUAUGCGUUAAAAUGCUAAGUAUUGACUACGGUUCCGUACUUUCUCCUCGUCCCCUCCCGAGUCCUAUGAGUCUGGCUUAUGCGUGUCAUUGCUUGACGGUGCUUGACCCAUGUUCUGCAAGAGCGAGUCCAUGUCGAAGUUGUUCAUGUCGGCCCCAUGCUGGUUCAUUUGGUUCAUGAAGAAGUCAGGGCUUAGGCCAGAGAAGUCCAGGUUGGAGAAAUCCAUGCUAGAGUGGUUGGGUGCCUGGCCACCUUCUGUGUUCCCAAGCCCUUCGAGGAAUGCACCUGGCGAGGGUGCUGGGUGGGAUUGGCCGUCGCCCGACACAGGCUGGCCUCCAUCGUGUGGGAUAUGAAGGGAAUCCAGCGAAUUGCCGCCUUGGCCGCUGGCAUCCACGGCGGAAAGCGCAUCCAUGAGGCCCAUGUCCAGGUCCUUGGUGUCAUUAGAACCCCCGGCAGCAGGAAGUGCCAUAGGUCCUUCUGUCACGUCGGGGGAGAACAAGUUGUCACCGCCUUGAGCGUCGGUGGAUUCGUCCCCGAACAGAUCCGUCAUGUUGGACAUCUCGAUGUCGAUGUUAUCGAGGUCCAGUUCGAUGGGCUUGUCCGCAGUAGUGCCGAGAGACAAGUCGACGUCGUCGGGCAUGUUCACGGGGGAGCUGGUGAGGUCGAUGUCGAUAUGUCGCUGAUGUUCUGACUGGUUCGCGGCGUUGGCGAAGGCAGCCAUGAGAUCUAUCUCCGCUGUCGAUGUGAGUCUUGCCGACUUGGGUGCGAGCGCGACGGGGGACGCGAGGCCGCUCUUGGCGAAGUUGGUGGCGUCGUCGGGGUUCAUACGGGCUGCGGACAAGUCGAGUUUGAGAGGUAGUGGUGGGCGCUGGAGGGAGGAGAGGGAGAUGUUAGACUGGCGCCGUGCGGGGGCGCUUGAAGGAAGCGCAGUGGACGAUGUGGGUGACUGGUCACGUCCG